UGAGCUAUGAAGAUUUGCCAAUGGGGUUAAAGCAUUGCUUCCUUUACCUCGCCCAUUUCCCUGAAGACUACAAGAUAGAUGUGGAGACACUGUUUAAUUACUGGGCUGCAGAAGGACUUAUAAUGAUCUAUCGGUCAACCAUUCAAGAUAAUGCGGAAGGCUACCUAGAAGAGUUAGUGAGAAGAAAUAUGGUUAUUGCUGAAAGAAGCUAUUUGACUUCGAGAAUUGAGUCAUGUCAUAUGCAUGACAUCAUGAGAGGAGUUUGUUUAUCUAAAGCCGAAGAAGAGAACUUUCUACAAAUCGUCCAAGACCCUACAUCUACCUCUACCUCUACCUCAACCAUCAAUGCUCAAUCUAUUCGCAGACUCGCUGUACACAGUAGUAAUGCAUUCGAAAUGAUGGGACGUGGAAAAAUUAAGAAAGUUAGAUCUCUUUUGUUUUUCAAGGCCAAGGAAGAAGCUGUGAUACAAUCACUUUCAAACUUUGGAAGUUUACCGUUUCUCAGAGUGUUGGAUCUUUCUAGAGCCAAGUUUCAAGAAGGGAAGUUACCUUCCAGCAUUGGAAAGCUCAUCCAUUUGAGAUUCUUGAGCUUAUACAGGGCUGUUGUAUCUCAUCUACCUUCUUCUCUACGGAAUCUGAAGCUUCUGCUCUAUUUGAACUUAGGUGUCGAUGGAGUUUCAGUUCAUGUGCCAAAUGUUUUGAAAGAGCUGCGAGAAUUGAGGUACCUUAUCUUACCUUUUCUAAUGGAUGUUAAAACAAAGUUGGAAUUGGGUGAUCUGGUAAACCUAGAGACCUUGAGGGGUUACUCAAUAGAGAACAGUAGUGUGAAAGACCUUCUUGGUAUGACUAAGCUCAGAACUCUCACAGUCCAUUCCCUUGAUGGUUGUACUUUAGAAACUCUGUCUGCAUCUCUCUGUGAAUCGAGAGAACUCGAGCAGCUUUCAUUGUACGAGGUCAUGCAUUGUAGGCAUAAUGAAGGAAAAUUAGUUCUUGAUUCGAUUCAUCUCAAAUUUUUAACGGUGGGCAGGUAUAUGACUAGAUUGCCUGAUCAACAUCGAUUCCCUCCAAACCUUGCGCACAUAUGUCUUCGGUAUUGUUGCAUGGAAGAGGAUCCAAUGCCGAUUCUAGAGAAGUUGUUUCACUUGAAAUUUGUUGAGCUAUCAUAUCGUGCUUUCACUGGGAAGAGGAUGGUGUGCUCACAAGGCGGGUUUCCUCGAUUGUAUGAGCUAAAUUUAUCUGGACAAUAUGAUUUGGAAGAGUGGAUAGUAGAAGAAGGCUCCAUGUCAUGUCUUCAUACUUUGACUAUAAAUGAAUGCAGAAAGUUGAAGGAGCUUCCGGAUGAGGUCAUAUACAUAAAAUCCUUAAAAGAACUGACAAUUGGGUGGAGGGAGAGUGAAUGGGCGUGGAAAUUGUCUGAAGGAGGACAAGAUCACUAUAAAGUCCACCACAUUCCCCGUGUUCAGUUUAUUUACUAGACCUUUGUCUAAUUUUAUGUAUGAAAAUUAAAACAGUGUAGAAAACUACAGUAUAGCUAGAUUAAGAUUAGUGUGUUGAAUAUAAUGUGAUUUUUGAU